AUGCACUGGUACUUCCAUGACAUGAUCAAACCUUUCCCCAAAAAAUUCGCAGUCUCAACAUAUUCUAACCUGAAGGUUAAUUUCAGAUUCAUCACGCCCCAAGAUCUAAGCUAUGAUCGCAACCACGGCCCGAUCCCACAUAUCUGUGCUGAUAAGCACUUUGUUCGAGUUGAUGGUCUUGUCAAAACGCCUCUUUCUUUCUCUGCAGACCAGCUUCGCUCCGAUUUUGCUCAGCAUGAGGUGACAUGUGCGCUUGAGUGUGCAGGAAACCGCCGCCAUACCAUGCGUACUCGAUUGAGUGAAGUGGAAGGUAUUGAUUGGGGAGAUGGAGCAGUCAUGAACUGCAAGUGGGAAGGCCCUCGUAUACGUGAUGUACUACUUCGUACGGGAUUAGGCGAUGAUGUGAUUCAAAAGAGCCAUGAAAUACAUGUGGCUUUUGCAUGCUAUCAGGUUCGCUGCCAGGAAGAUCACUGGUUUGGAUCAAGUGUCACACUAGAGAGAUGUUUACGAGAGGAUUGCGACGCUAUUAUUGCACUGAAAGUAAAUGAUGGCCCCCUGACUGCAAAUCAUGGCUAUCCUCUUCGUGUCGUUCUACCUGGUAUCACUGGUGCUCGUUGGGUCAAAUGGCUUGAUCGCAUCACCAUUCAAGCCAAGGAGUCUCCAAAUUUCUAUCAACAAUAUGACUAUAAAAUUCUCCCUCCCGAGGCUGUCAACGAGGAGUCGGCCGAAAAACACCGGUCAAGAACAUCGCCAAUGUACGAUACACCAAUCAAUUCCGUUAUUGCAAUUCCAGCUGAGGGUGAAUAUGUCUAUCUCCCAUCAACCGGUACAGUGAAGGUCAAAGGAUAUGCAGUUCCUCAAGGCGCAGAUGGGCCAAUCACUUGUGUGGAGGUUUCUGGGGAUCAAGGUCGAUCAUGGGUCAACGCCAAGCUCAAUGCUUCAACCUAUACAUCAAGAUGGUGCUGGGCAUUAUGGACUGCAGACGUCAGGUUGGCCCCUGGACAAAAAAGAGAGAUAAUUAGCCGUGCAAGUGAUGCUGGUGGAAAUAUGCAGCGGUCGCAUUCAACGUGGAAUUUGCGAGGGAUGGGAUAUAACGGGUAUGGUCGAACAACCAAUUUGACGGUCAUGUAA